AUUUGCAACGAUAGGCUAAUCUAUAAUCUGCUGCUUUCCGAUACUUUCCGAUCGAAAUGGCAGCUUAUGCAGCUCUAGUUUCUCUUACGAAUACUAUUGAUCACGUCCGAAAUCAUCCACGCCUUUCGAUUUGUCUUGACAGGAAUCAGACGGAAUCUCUCCACGAAAAGGUUGCGUUCUUGCUUGAUUUUAUAGAGACUAGUCAUUCUCAUGGAAGUAGCAAAGAAGCAGAAGAAUUGGAGAGCCGAAUUGCAUCUGCAGCUCAUGCGGCCGAAGAUGUAAUCGAGUCUCAUUUAGUUGACCAAAUUCUUGCCGGAUCAAAUGAAGGUCACGAUCAGAGAAAACAAUCGGUCCCGUUGAUCGACAUACAAGAAGAAACCGAAGAAACGAAGAAUUCUCUUAAGGGAAAGGCUGUCAAGUCGAUGUAUUCGAUAGGUCUACUGUGCGGCCUAAAGAAAGCAACUAAAAUGAUGGAUUCGAUCAAGAAAAAGGAUGUGAAGGUUGAAGAGGAAAAUUUAGUGGGACAACUUCACUCCGGUUCGAUUUCGUCGCUCGAUCUUCAGACGGUAAUACAAGACAUGGAUGUUGUCAAGGAUAAGGUUGUUACUGUUAAAGAGGAAAGGAGAGUGUUCAAAGAUAAACAGCCCACAUACGCAAUGCCUCCGGCCACUUCAUCCACACCUCCUACCAAUACGAUGAUGGGAUUUGAUGGCGAGUUGACUCGGCUUAUGGAUGCUCUCCUUGGACACAAUUCGAGUUUGCAAAUCAUCCCCAUUGUUGGCAUGGGUGGCAGUGGUAAGACUACACUUGCCAAACAUGUUUACGAAAGAUUUCGUACUUUGCUUCACUUUGAAGUUUGUGCUUGGUCUACAAUAUCUCAAAAAUUUAGUGUCGGAGAAAUUUCUUCGAAACUUCUUUUUCGCCAAAACACAUCCCCUAGUGAUACCGGCCGUGAAACAGAACAACAACUAGCACAAGAGUUGUAUCAAAGCUUAAUACGUAAGAAAUAUUUAGUUAUAUUGGAUGAUAUGUGGAGUAUCGAGGCUUGGGAGAAGAUACAGUUUUUCUUUCCAGAUAACAGCAAUGGAAGUCGAAUUAUUAUAACUACUAGGUUGUUGGACCUGGCUAGUUAUUUUGGCCCGUCGUGCCUUAAAAUGAGUUGUCUGGAUGAGGAUAGAAGCUGGAAACUAUUCUGCCAAACUGCAUUUGGACAAGAAGAAGGUUGUCCACGUGAAUUGGAGAGAAUAGGAAAGAAGAUUGUAGAAAAAUGUAAAGGACUCCCACUGUCAAUUGUCGUGAUUGGGGGGCUUCUCGGAAAGUCCCACAAGACACAAGAAUAUUGGGAGUAUUUUGCAAUAAUUAUUCGAAACUCAAUCCUGAAUUUAGAAGAUGACCCUCGGAGCUUGGACAUAUUAUCUUUGAGUUACAGCCAUUUGCCUGCCCAUUUAAAGCCAUGUUUUCUGUACAUGGGAAUUUUUCCCGAGGACCGUAAUAUUCAUGUAUCCCGGCUCAUCAAACUUUGGGUCGCUGAAGGAUUUAUCAAACCAAAUAAAACACAAGGCUUGGAGGAAGUUGCGGAGGGUUAUUUAAAGGAUCUCGUUGACAGGAAUCUGAUUGCAGUUGGUAGAUUGGGGUGGAAUGGAAAAAUUAAAACUUGUAACAUCCAUGAUCUUUUACGAGACUUAUGCUUAAUGGCAGCUCGGAAAGAGAGGUUUCUUCAUGUGAUGGAUCUUUUCGAUAUUCCAGGUGGCAUAGAUAACGAGCGUCGCAUUGUGUUUGGUGAUUUAUCUCCACAUAAUAUGUAUGGACCUCUAGACUUUCAUGGUUUGAAGCCGUCGGCGUCAGUUGCUCGCUCUUUUGUUAGCAACAGGCGUCUGCCAAUGUUGAAGUUCCGAUUGUUGAGGGUAUUCGAUGUGUUAGGUAAUAAUUCGCCUCUAGAUGAUGUUCUUGAUAAGCAAGUUAACUUGCGUUACUUCCGCAAACUGUACGGCUGGGAAUAUCGUUUCUUUCACGUGCUGCCUUCUUCAAUCUAUCUGCUGUGGAAUUUGCAAACGCUGAUCAUUAGACAAGGCGAAUCCGUUAUUGCUCCGCCUGAAAUUUGGAAGAUGCCGCAGCUUAGGCAUGUGGAUUGCGUAAACAUGUAUCUUCCGGAACCUCCUUUGAGCGACGACCAACAAGAUGGAUCUGUACUGAUGAACCUACAAACACUUCAGACAACAAUGAAUUUGACGUUGAGUGAGGAGGUUUGUAAGAGAAUCAUCAAUGUCAAGAAACUGAAGAUAACGUACGACAGAUUCGCGGCAAUGCCAUAUCGAUGCUGCCUCUACAAUCUCUGCCAGUUAGGUAAACUUGAAUCACUAAGCUGUGCGUUCGAAAGUAUGCCGAUUUUCGGUGGUUGGCUACAUUAUUGGAGUCUCACAUUCCCGAGUUCACUCAAGAAGUUGUCUCUAAAAGGUUGCUAUCUUCACUGCCAAGAUUUGAUGAUUAUUGGUUGUUGGUUACCAAAUCUUGAAGUUCUCAAUUUGAAAGAAAGGUCGAUUUUUGGACCGGCGUGGAACCUUCUUCAAGAGGGAGGGUUUCUUCGUCUCAAAUCCCUGAAAAUUUCCUGGAAUUAUUUGUUGCACUGGAAUGCAGACAGCUCCCAUUUUCCCGCCCUGGAGAAGCUUGUUCUUGAAGAUUUGGUUCUAUUGCAUGAGAUCCCUUCGAGUAUCGGAGAAAUACCAACGCUUCGAUCAAUUGAUUUGCAUCGAUGCAGCGAUUCCGCAGCUUUUUCAGCAAUGAAAAUAUUGGAGGAACAAAAGAGUUUAGGGAAUGAUGAUCUUCGAGUUCGUGUCGUAACUGUGGAUGACGAAAUGAGGUUGUUUAAGGAGAACAUAAAGAGGUGGUUUGGGAACUACUCGGACUAA